AUGUCCUCACUUUCACGAUCUCCUCGUUCCCCAGGUUCUCCAAUACAUCGUUCUAGUGUGGAUUCGUUGCGAGACCUCGAACUUACACAAGGGAGUGCAUUGUCGCCCUACCGAGCAACGCAUUUGGGAGGACUACGUCGUUCGAGUGCCAAUAGCAGCGCCAUCAGCUUGGAUUUUCGGCCCGAAUUAUUGCCCUUGUCGCUGAGCUCGGCCGGGCCAGACAGAGAAACUGGGGGAGAUGCACCGGCUAAGACUAUUGGGUUGUGGAAUGGCGUGGCCCUUGUCAUUGGGUUACAGAUUGGAUCUGGAAUAUUCUCGUCACCUGGUGUGGUUGUAGCAAACGCAUCUUCUGUUGGGGCUAGUCUUGUUGUAUGGGUGGUUGGUGGCCUCUUGGCAUGGACGGGUGCUAGGCAUGUCUUGGAUACCUGCGAGAUUUCUUCUUUCGCCGAAUUGGGCACUAUGAUUCCGUUGAACGGAGGAGCCCAGGCUUACCUAGCAUAUGCUUAUAGUCCGCUCGUAUCUUACUUGUACACUUGGACUGCGGUCAUUGUACUCAAACCAGGUGGUAAUGCAAUUAUUCUACUUAUAUUUGGAGAAUACCUCAACAGGGUGAUAUUCCAUACGGCCAACCCAGACGCUGCUCCAGAUGCGAUAGCCCCAUUAGCCAUCAAACUCACCGCUGUCGUGGCCGUGUUGAUCAUUGCCGUACUCUGUGUAGCAACCCCAAAACUAGGGACAAGAACUGCUGUCUUCUUUACUGUUAUCAAAUUUGCGUCUCUAAUUGCUGUAGCCGUACUUGGGCUCAUUCAAAUUAUUCGCGGGAAAGCCUCUACUUCACUAACUGAGGCUAUAUUUGCUGGCACUUCCCCGAACCCUUCUUCCUACGCUCUUGCGCUUUAUUCCACUCUUUGGGCCUACGACGGUUGGGAUCAAACUAAUUACGUCGCUGGAGAAAUGAAAAAUAUUGAUCGUGAUCUACCACGGGUUAUACAUAUAAGCAUGAUCUCCGUUAUGGUCUUGUUCUUAGCGGCCAACGUAUCUUAUUUUGCGGUCUUACCCAAGGGGACAGUUGAGCGGAGCAAUACAAUUGCUCUCGAUUUUGGGAGAGCGUUAUUUGGAAAUUUUGGUGCCUUGGUAUUCGCAGGCGUAGUCGCAAUUUCGUGCUUUGGAGCCACAAACGGCUCGAUGUUCACUACUGCUCGCUUGAUUUAUUCCGCGGCCCGUGAAGGAUACCUGCCUUCUAUGUUCGGUCGAUUACACAAGGGCCUGAAGACGCCUCUCAACGCUAUGGUAUUACAAGUGAUCAUUACGUUGUUCUAUAUCCUCAUUGGAGGAGGAUUCAGAACGAUGAUCAACUUUGUGGGGGUUGCUGCUUGGACAUUCUAUUUUCUUACAGGGGUGGGCUUGAUUGUUCUACGGGUCAAAGAACCCGGGCUUCCAAGGCAAGUGGUACUCGCCUCGCCAUACAAAGCCUGGAUUAUCACCCCGCUCAUAUUCUCAGGGGUCUCGCUCUUCCUUCUUUUGAUGCCUAUCUUUGCCGCACCCCUAGAGGCAUUGGCUGCGUUCGCCUUUAUCGUGUCUGGUGUCCCCUUUUACUUCAUCUCAAUGUACUUCCACGACCCUAACGCAGUACCUCGGCCCAUCCGUUGGAUUGGCAACCGAAUCGGAGGGCUCUUUGGACGCAAAGCAAGCGCAGGUGCAGGGUACAUGCGGGCCGCUACUGAUGGAGACGAGACCGUAGAAAUGAUUCAACGAUAA